AUGAGUGCAUCGACGGCCGUCAAGUGGCUCAAUCGCCGGCUGCUUCGUGCGACCCAGGGGCCGACCCUAGCAGCUCGCGAGAGCCCGGUUGUCUUCAAUCCUUGGAGCUGGCAGGCCGCGCGGUCCUUCACACGGACAUGCACACGUCCCGCGAGCGCUGCGCAGGAAGCCCUCAAGAAGGCUCAGGAAGAUGCCGCCAGCCUGACGCCUGAGUAUGUCGCCGCGAACAUGGCCCCAGAAGAGGCCCAGCGACUGUCGCGAGUGCGGAAUAUUGGCAUCGCCGCCCAUAUCGACAGCGGGAAAACCACGGCCACCGAGCGAGUCCUCUUCUACACCGGCCGCAUCAAGGCCAUACACGAGGUAAGGGGCAAGGACGCCGUGGGUGCCAAGAUGGACUCGAUGGAGCUCGAGCGAGAGAAGGGAAUCACCAUACAGUCUGCUGCGACAUUCUGCGACUGGAAAAAAAUGGAAAACGGCAAAGAGGAGACUUAUCACUUCAACCUGAUUGACACCCCCGGUCACAUCGACUUUACCAUUGAGGUAGAGCGCGCCCUGCGUGUGCUGGACGGUGCCGUCAUGAUUCUCUGUGCUGUGAGCGGAGUUCAGUCACAGACGACCACUGUCGACCGCCAGAUGAAGCGCUACAAUGUCCCGCGCAUUUCCUUCAUUAACAAGAUGGACCGCAUGGGUGCCAACCCCUGGAAGGCUGUGGAACAGAUCAACUCCAAGCUCAAGGUCCCCGCCGCAGCCAUUCAAAUUCCCAUCGGAGCCGAGGAUGAGUUCGAAGGCGUCGUCGACCUCAUCGAGAUGAGGGCGCUCUACUUCGAAGGACCCCGAGGUACCAAGGUCAGGGUUGCCGACCAGAUUCCCGGCCCGCUCCUGGAGCUUGCUAAGGAAAAACGACAAGUUCUCAUCGAGAAGCUCGCAGAUGUGGACGACGACAUGGCCGAGCUGUUCCUGGAGGAGCAGGAUCCUACCAAUGCUCAGAUCAAGGCUGCUAUCCGAAGAGCCACCGUUUCCAGGUCCUUCACUCCCGUCCUCAUGGGGUCGGCGCUGGCAGACAAGGCAGUCCAGCCAGUGCUCGAUGCUGUCUGCGACUACCUCCCAGAUCCCGCCCAGGUCGACAAUACUGCUCUGGACAAGUCCAAGGGUGAGAAGGAGGUCAAGCUCGUGCCGUACAACUCGUUACCUUUUGUGGGACUGGCAUUCAAGCUGGAAGAGAACAAUUACGGCCAGCUCACGUACAUACGUGUCUACCAGGGAACACUCACAAAGGGCACGUAUCUCUACAAUUCCCGGACAGACAAGAAGGUGCGGAUCCCGCGCAUCGUGCGCAUGCACUCCAACGAAAUGGAGGACGUGUCCGAGGUCGGCGCCGGCGAGAUUUGCGCCGUCUUUGGCGUCGACUGUGCGUCCGGUGACACCUUCACCGACGGUGGCCUCCCAUACACCAUGUCUUCCAUGUUCGUACCUGAUGCUGUCAUGUCGUUGUCGAUCAAGCCAAAACGGACCGCGGAUGCCGACAGCUUCAGCAAAGCCAUGAACCGAUUCCAACGCGAAGAUCCAACGUUCCGGGUGCAUGUCGACUCCGAGAGCGAGGAGACCAUCAUCUCGGGCAUGGGUGAACUCCACCUCGAGGUUUACGUUGAGAGGCUGCGACGAGAGUAUAAGACCGAGUGCAUCACGGGACAGCCUCGUGUGGCUUAUCGGGAGACGAUUUCGCGCCGCGCCGACUACGACUACCUCCUGAAGAGACAGAGCGGUGGACCUGGCGACUUUGCCCGUGUGGCAGGAUACAUCGAGCCCUACGAAAAGCCCGAUGAGAACCACUAUGAAAGCCAAGUCGUGGGAGGCCAUAUCCCUGACAAGUUUCUGACAGCUUGCGCCAAAGGCUUCGACCUCGCAUGCGAGAAAGGCCCUUUGCUUGGCCACCGCGUCAUCGGGGCCAAAAUGAUUGUCAACGACGGAGCCACUCAUGUCACGGACUCAUCCGACUAUGCCUUCAAUCUGGCUACGCAGAUGGCAUUCCGCAAGGCUUUCACCGACGCUGGUGGCCAGGUUUUAGAGCCGCUGAUGAAGACGACCAUCACAGCUCCUAACGAGUUCCAGGGCAACAUUCUCAUGCUCAUGAACAAGCGAAACGCCACGAUCCAUGACACAGAGAUCGGCAGUGAAGAAUUCACGCUCAUUUGCGAUUGUAGCCUUAAUGCCAUGUUUGGCUUCAGCUCACAACUUCGCGCAGCUACGCAAGGCAAGGGCGAGUUCAGCAUGGAGUUUAGCCACUAUGCCCCGGCGCCCCCUCACCUACAGAAAGAGCUAGUUGCCAAGUACCAAGCGGAGCUGGAGGCUAAGAGGACCAAGUAA